CCUGCGCCCACAACAUGGCGGCAGUGGCUGCCCUGCGCCCACAACAUGGCGGCAGUGGCUGCCCUGCUCCCCCCUGGCUCAAGCCAACUGCUGAUGAGCGCAUCAGAAACACUGGAAGAUAGCCAUGCUGUCAACAGAGCCAUCACAGAAGCUCUCUCCUCCCACAGAUGACAGGUGGGAUGGCUGCAUUUCUUCAAGGCCUGAGAGCACCUGGGCUCAUAGCUCACUUUGAGGCAUGGCACUGACUGCUGAGUCUACUGAACAGCAUCUUCCAGAACAGAGCUCUCUCAGAUUUCAGACACAAAACAUUUCCUCUGGCUGCCUGAACUGUAAGCAGACACCUGUAAGUCACGACUCUUUGUGCCUCGACCAAAGGUUACUUACCCUGAGGAAGAAAAAAGGAAAGGAGAAACAAACCUCGGUUUCUUAUGAGAUUGAUGUUACUUCUGCUGAAAAGGGAGAACAAAGAAGAAAAGUGCCCUUUUCUUGCUUACCUGCCUUCUCUGUUUUCCCUCUCCUUGGGGAGGAGGCUUACCAGGUCUGCUGUUAUGGGAUCAGAUUGCAUUCCUGGAAGCCUGUGCGACAGCCAGCUGAUCAAGGUGCGUGGCUUACUCUGGAGACCACCAGAAUAGGAUCUGCACACAGCUGAGGAUCUGCCCACUGCUGCCUGAAAACUUCUUCAGAGCAAUAUUUCCCCAGAAACUGCACUGUGUGGAUAAGACAGACCCAUCUGCUGCAGGGUCUAUGCGAAAAGGUAACUCGGGAAAACACUGCAGAAUUGGAGCUGAAUAUACAGCCUUCUAGGAAAGAAACCAACAACCCUUGGAAGUGCAACUUUGGACUGGAGUUGUGUUUGUUUGGGAAGACUAUGGGUAGGCACCAGAGCUGGCAGCGGAGCUGUCUGAAUGCUGCCCUCUUCAUGCUGCUGUGGAGCGGCGUUUCCCACGCACAGAGGGACUGCACAGGCGUGGAGUGCCAGCCCCUGGACAACUGCAUCGAGGACGUGCUGGAGCCCGGCGAGUGCUGCGCCACGUGUCUGCAGCACGGCUGCACCUGCGAAGGCUACCAGUACUAUGACUGUGUCAACGUGGGCUUCGUCAAUGGCAAAGUACCCGAAGGGCAGUCUUACUUUGUGGACUUUGGAAGCACUGAGUGUUCGUGCCCCAAGGGAGGAGGCAAGAUCAGCUGCCAGUUCAUGCUGUGCCCAGAGCUGCCCCCAAACUGCAUUGAUGCAGUGGUGCCAGCAGACGGGUGCCCUCAGUGUGGAAGAAUAGGCUGCCUCCACGAGGGCCAGAAAUAUGUAGCAGGACACACCUUCCACAUGCCCCCAUGCAAGGUCUGCCAUUGCCCAAAUGCUGGCGGUGAGCUGAUGUGCUACCAGCUUCCCGACUGUAACACAUUCGCCUUAAACACUGUGAGUCCCAUGGACGCUGAAGACAAUGAACCGGAGAGGCACUACGAUGACCCGUACAGCUACGACCAGGAGGCACCGGAAGGAGACAACACCCAGGUGGAAUCUCCAAAAAAAUACAGGAGCUAUUCUUCCCAUCUCGAGCAGGAGAGCAUCAGCCAAGAGCAAAAUGAGGACUAUGACUACCUACCAGCCAGCAUUGCUCCUUCAAGUUCAGCUGCGGCCGAUACAUAUGUUGAGGAAACAACUACCCCGCUCACCACACCAGCACCUAAACUCCUCUCUGAAUUUCGCAGUGCUACAGAAAGAACUGAGCGAAAGAGGGUGCCCAGCACCACUGCAGCACCCCCCCAGCAAACAACACAUCAGGAAGCCCCAGUAACAACCAGUGCUCCUCUGGAGCACACUACGGCCACCACUGAGACACCCAAACAGCUGGGGAAACUGGACAGGAGACCAAAGGGAAAGCAAGGGGACAAGGAGAGGAAUGAGCAAGAAAGAGCCCCCCAUUCUAAAAUGAAAAAGCAUGCCAGAAAAGAAGACCCAGGGAACAGUAUUCACCUAGACUUGAAAGAGGUGAAUUUAACAGAGCCAAGUUCAGCAAAAUCUUCCCAGGAGACACACAAGGGAAAUGCUUUUCCCAAGGUAAAGUUCAGUGCAACAACCUCUCCCCCCGUUGUUCUAAAGGAAGACCGUAGUCAGUCAUCCCAAAAGCAGUCACAGACACUUUAUCGUUACCAUCCUGAGGAAGAUGGGGACCCCAACUCUAUUCACGCUAACCCCAGAUUACCAGAAGGGCAGGGGGCUGGUGAUUCCAUGUCUGCCACUAGUAGAAUGAGUUUACAAGGUUCUACAAAGGAGCUGAUUGAGAGCUGCUGUGGAGCUGGACAGCAGUGGGCUAUAGACAACGGGGAGUGCACAGAAACUCCUAUCAGUGGAGUGGAUGGUGAUAUUUGCAGAAUUGCUCAGAAGCAGUGUUGCAUCUCCACCGUCAAGGAGAACAGCUGCCUGGCUGGCAUGAUUGCUGCAAAGGAGGGAGAUGCGUGCGGACCAGAGGAAAGUGAUACCUGUGGAGGAUCAUCAUAUAAGCAAUGCUGUGAUUGCUGCAAUCUGGGCCUGCGAUUAAGGAGUGAGGGGAAAACCUGUGAGUCCAACAUAAAUCUGGGCUACCCCUGCAGUCACGUGAUGCUGUCCUGCUGUGAAGGUGGGGAUCACUUCAUCCAUCCUGAAAUAAAAAAGCAUCCUGAACCUUUGCCAACUGCAACACCUGAGAAGAUUUCAGAGACAGAAGAUCACAAUGAAGCUUUGUCCAUCAGUAAUGAAGCUGAACUUUCGAAUAAUCUGCCUGGAGAUGACCUGGACGAAUGUCUUCUCUAUGGUGGGGAACUCUGUCAGCAUUUGUGUAUAAACACUGUGGGGUCCUACAAGUGUUCGUGUUUCCCAGAAUUUACUUUGCAAGAAGAUGGGACCAGCUGCUCUCCAGAUCCUGACAGAGCACAGGUGACAAGGCUGGAAGUAGAACCCACUGUCCCCCCAGCAGCUUCUCCUUCUCAGCCUCUUCUCAUCGUGUCCUUACAAGAAGAGGAGGAUAAGUGUAAAGAUAAUGGCCCCUGCAAGCACAUCUGCAGUGUUGUGGAAGGAAAUGUUGUAUGCUCAUGUUUGUCUGGAUAUACUAUCAUGGCUGAUGGGAUUUCUUGUGAAGACAUCAACGAAUGCGUAACAGAUACACACACCUGCCAGCGGAGAGAACACUGCGUCAACACCAUGGGAUCAUUUAAAUGUCUCCAGGAAUUGAGCUGUCAGCCAGGUUAUGAACUUAAGGAUGGAGAAUGUGUUGAUAUCGAUGAAUGCGAGAGAGGAACUCACAGCUGUAAAGUAAACUUUGUUUGUCAGAACACGGAAGGGUCAUUCUACUGUGAGUCAAAGCAACGUUGCAUGGAUGGAUUUUUACAAGAUCCUGAGGGAAACUGUGUUGAUAUUAAUGAAUGCACAUCUCUUCCUGAGCCAUGUAAGCCAGGAUUCAACUGCAUCAAUACUGUUGGGUCUUACACCUGCCAGAGGAACAUGCUGACAUGCAGCAGAGGCUACCACUCCAAUGAGGAUGGAACUCGAUGUGUUGAUGUGGAUGAAUGUCAAACUGGUGUACACCGCUGUGGCGAAGGACAGAUUUGUCAUAAUCUUCCUGGGGCUUAUCGCUGUGACUGCAAGAUGGGCUAUCAGUAUGAUGCAUUCAGCAGGAGCUGCAUUGAUAUAAAUGAGUGCUGGAAUUACCCUGGACGCCUGUGUCAGCACACGUGUGAGAACACCCCUGGGUCCUACCAUUGCACUUGUUCUUCUGGUUUCCACUUGUCUUAUGAUGGAAAGCAUUGCGAAGAUGUGAAUGAAUGUGAUACAAGUCCCUGCAGCCAGGAGUGCGCCAAUGUUUACGGUUCCUAUCAGUGUUACUGCAGGCAAGGCUUCCAGCUAGCAGAAGAUGGCCAUUCUUGUAAAGAUAUCGAUGAGUGCACGCAAAGCGCGGGCAUUCUUUGUACCUUCCGCUGUGUGAAUGUUCCUGGCAGUUACCAGUGUGCAUGUCCUGAGCAGGGGUAUACCAUGGCAGCAAAUGGAAGGACGUGUCGAGAUAUUGAUGAAUGCGCAAUAGGAACCCACAACUGUUCAGCUUCAGAGUCCUGCUAUAACAUCCAGGGCAGUUUCCGCUGCCUGUCCUUUGAGUGCCCCUCCAACUACAGAAAGGUGUCUGACAUGAGGUGCGAACGAAUCAGUUGCUUUAAUUACCUGGACUGCCAAAAUACCCCAGUGCGCAUCACCUAUUACCAGCUGAACUUCCAAACCAAUAUCAUGGUCCCAGCGCAUAUUUUCCGUAUUGGACCAUCGCCUGCCUAUGCUGGAGACAACAUAAUCCUCACUAUCAACAAAGGAAACGAAGAAAACUACUUCAGCACUCGAAGGCUGAACUCAUACACGGGCAUUGUCUAUCUUCAGCGACAGGUCAAAGAGCCCAAAGACUUUUUGUUAGAUGUCGAAAUGAAACUGUGGCGUCAGGGAACAUACACUACUUUUCUUGCCAAAAUUUACAUUUUCAUCACAGCUCAUGCAUACUGAAGCAUGUAUUGAAGUUGGAAUUUAUUGGUGCUAUGCUCUUUACCUGUUCUACCAAAGCUUAAUAUUGUUGAACUGGCAUUUAGUGUAUCUAGCCUUUAUGUUAUUUUUCUGUCAUUGCUUUAAACUUUUUUUAUUGGUUGUGUAAAUUAAGUUAAUUUUUUUCUUUGUUGUUUUGCUUUCUUAUAUAAUUCUUCACAUCAUCAUUUGACAAUGAGCAAAAGAAGGGUUAGAAAGGCAGUACAUACAUUGUGUUAAAUGCAGGAAUCUUUUCUUAGAAAUUACUUUUAGGUUUAGUCACAUCUGCAAGGUAUUGCACUAGAGAGGAGAGAUCUUCACUUGGAAGCACUGCUUUUUGCAUUAAGGGGAAAAGCCUUGAGCAAUUUCUCAUUACUACACAAACUUACGGUUUAGCCACUGAAGUUUUUCUGUGUUGAGAUACUGUGUCAAGGGCUGCGCAUAUACAUUGACAGUUAACUCACCUCUUAUCACAGGUUUGUUUUCCUCCUUCCAUCUUUUAUAAUAUGUUGCCUUAAAAUAUAUAUAAAUAAAAGGAAACUCCACCAGUGAACAAGCCUAUGACUGAGCCUUGCUUUAGUAGGACUGCUCCUAUGAUAAAUUUUGGCAAGACCUUGGCCCUCAGAGGAUAUGUGCUUUAGGGGAAAAGCUCGCACUGCCAUUUUUAAUAGAUUGCUAUAGGUUCUUGAAUUCUUCUCUACACAAAACCAUUCUACUUAGGUAAAUGUAGGUGCAGACUAGAUGUAUUAUAAUUCUUAAAGGAAAGUCAAAGAGGAAAUGUGGAAAUAAUCAACUGCUGCCCUUUAUUUUAAGUCCUGUGUGUGCUGCUGAGGAAUCAUUUGCAAUUUUAAAUAAACAAAAGGGGAGUUGCUUCUGUUCUUCAGGAAAAUUACUUCAGUUGUGUUACCAAAUGACGCAGAGGAAAAUGCUAGUUGAAUUGGUGGUUUGAAUUAUGCCCUUUAGAAAUAGCACAACUUAAGUUUUGAGUUGGAUUUCCUCUAGUUCCACAGGAAACUGGAAGAGGUCCAAAGCUGAAGGCCAGAUGUGGUAAAGCUUAGCAUAAUCAAAGUGUUUGUUAGAAUUUAGAAAUGAACAUCAGAGCGUCUCUUUUUCUGAGGGAAAAGAAAAAGCUCCAGUGUUGAAAUUCACUGAACUUCCUUUGUUCUGGCUAUAAUUACUCCGUUAAAUGUUUUGAUGGAAAAACAUAGCUACAAUAUAUUGGUGUUUUUUACAGUGCAUUUUGAUAAUCUGUUCUUUUUUACAGUCAUUCUUAUUUUGACCAGUGUGUACAUAUGAAUUAAAGAAAAAAAAAAAAGAGAGUGAGAAAGAGAAAUUAAACCUUAUGGCUUUUUAUGCCAUAAUCAAUAUUUCUAUUAUAUUGUAAAAUAUUUGUUUGAAAUACAUCUUAAAAUCUUGUAACCACCACCAAUAGGGUGAGAGGGGAGAUGUACUGUAUUCAUUAUGUCCCAAGGCCAACUUCUACAACUUCAGGUAAAUUACUUCUUUAAUUCAGACUCCCUUAUUAAUGAUAAAGCAGAAAUCUUUCUGUAUCUGACAUCAUAAAGACUAACUGCUAGAGAAGAAAUAUUGCUAUUCCUCGGUUGUAAAAUAUGGGAUAUCUGAAAGUUUGCAUACAUUAAGUUUCUUGGUUUGUUUUUGUUUGUUUGUUUUGUUGUUUUUUUGUCUAUAAAAGUAAUUUUGUAAAAGUGAUCUUCCAUCUAUCUUUUGUUUUCCGUAGCUAUCAGUUUCAUAAGCUUUUAGCAAAGAAAUGCUAACAGAGAAA